AUGAGACUCAUUCGAAAUUAUUAUUUUUAGUAAAAUUCAAUGAUUGAAUGCAUUCUUUAAUAAAAAUUUUAGAAUUUUUUACAUUUUCGAAAAAGAAAAAUAUAAAUUUCAAAAUAAAAUUAAGUAAACAUUGGAAUUAGUUGCUUGAAAAUGUCAAAAGUACUCUUUCUAAUCUGUAUUCUACAUUUAUCAUUUGCAAGAAUUUUGCGCUUUCCGGUUUUUCGCAAUUAGUUGAAUAAAAAAAGCUUAUUGUUUGUCAAUAUUUACGUUUUAUAAAGCCAUAAACAUAUUAAGUGACUUAUAGGUAUAGCAAUUCAUAUGGAUUAGUUCAUAAUUUUUGUUAUAGUCAACACUGGUUUUUUGAUGCUUUAUGCGGUAAAAUAAAAAAAAAACAUUCUUAUAAACAAAUGACGAAGUUUCAGAUUGAUUUCCUGACAAUUUUUAAUUAUUUUUCGAAACAAUGAAUAACUUGCAAAAACUUUUAUUUUUAUGAUGAAUAUUACAAAACAAAGAUGCAGUUCCAACAAACUCAACUGAUAACACUACAUGCGUAAUUCCACCAAAACCCUUAAUAUUUAAACGUUUUGGAGAGCGUAAUAAUCGUACUAUCAUUGAAACAUUGAAACCAGGAUCAUUAGUACCAGUUGGAACAUCUACUCAUUAUGUAUGUCCAAAAUCAUAUCUUAAAGAAGGGGUUAUAACACCAAAUCUUUGUCUUAAAAAUGGACAAUGGAGAGUUAAAAAUCCUGCCUGCAUAAAAAUUUGCCCACCUAUUCGAGGACAUACAAUUGAAGCUAACUGUGAAUAUAUAGGACAAGCGGUUAAGUGUAAUGCUAAUGUAAAAGCCGGUACAAUCGCCCGAAUAAGUUGUGCAUUUAUGUACGCAAAACCUAAAGACCAAGAAACACACGCAACCAUAAAUUGUCAAAACAAUGGUACGUGGGAUUAUGAACCAUUCAAAUGUGAACAAUUAUGUGGUGCCAUCGAUAAUACGACCGAAUCUAAUGUUUUGAGCGGUUUAAAAAAGCCAGACCAAGUACCAUGGCAUAUUAAUAUAUAUUCAUUAAGAGAUAGUAAUCGGAAUCAGUAUGUUUGUGGUGGCACAUUAAUUCAAUCUAAAAUUGUUAUAAGUGCUGCUCAUUGCUUUUGGGAUGAAAAAAAAUCAAUGCUUUAUGAUAGAUCAAAAUAUAUUGUAACAGCUGGGAAAUUUGAUCGAAAUUAUUAUUCUGAUAGGGAAACAUUUGAAGUUCAAAGAGCCUUUAUAUCUAAAAUUUACGUACCAGCUAAUUUCCGUGGCUUACAAAAUAAUUUUGACGGUGAUAUUGCGGUUCUGACACUUACUAAUCACAUCAAAUUUAGGAAUCAUAUUGUGCCUGCAUGUGUUGACUGGUCGUUUAAUGCAAGUAAAUAUGAGCAGCUUGGUUUAUUUAUUGGAUUGGGUGUUGUCGACCAAGAAACCAAUUACGCUUAUUUGCGAUCUGUUAAUGUAAAAGGAAUUAGUUCAAAGGCAUGUAAAGAAAAUAAGCUUAUAGAAAAUUACGAUAUUCCGGAUGAUAAAUUGUGCGUAAGCUCACAGGAACAAAAUGAACGGAUUUGUAAAGCGGACAGUGGAGGUGGUUUUAUUUACUAUAACAUUUACCCUCGAUUGGGCUAUCUACGUAGUUAUUAUCUUGCUGGAACUUUUAGUAAUAUUAUUAGAAAUACCAAUAAAUCUAAUCUGCCUGAGUGUGAUGAAAGUUCCGUACGAGCUUUUACUAGUAUUCAGGUCUAUGAGUCAUUUGUUAAAAAUGUGAUCAAUAACUUGCCUGACGAUGAAGAAUUGCUUACAACACAGGAACCCACAAAUGCAAUAUCUUCUAAUACAUCUCUCAACUGUUUAGUUCCUAUAAAUAAUCUUAUUUUAACAAACACUGAAACUAAUAUGCAAUUAGAACCUGGAAUCGUGAUAACAACAAACAUUUUAGUUAAUUAUUCCUGUCCCGAAGGAUAUGUAUUAGAUGGAGUAGCCACCAAUACCUGUAAUAGAAAAAGUUGGAGAAAGAUGCAUCCACAAUGUAUAAAAACGUGCUCUCCAAUACAAGGACAUACUACUAGGAUAGACUAUUAUUACAAUGAAAAACUAGUAGAAUUUGAGGAGUUUAUUAAGCCGGGAACGAUAGCGAGAAUAAAGUGUGCAACAAUGUAUAAAAAACCCCAAAAAUAUCUUAUAUAUGAAGAUCUGCGUUGUCAAACUGAUGGAGAAUGGGAUUAUGAACCAUUUGAAUGUGAACAAAUUUGUGGUACUGUUGAUAAUAAUGUACCUUUCAGUGUCAAUAGUGUUCUUACUCAGCCCAGCAAAGUACCAUGGCAUGUUGCCAUAUAUGGAAAAGAUAGAAAACAAAAAUUUGAGCAUUUAUGUGGAGGUACAAUAAUUAAAUCAAAAAUUAUUAUAACAGCAGCUCAUUGCUUUUGGAAUCCCUCUGAAUUAUCAAUACGAGAUAAAUCAAAUUUUAUUGUUUUUGCCGGAAAAUUUUAUCGUGACUAUUAUGCUGAUAAUGAAAAAUUGGAAAUUCAAAAAAUUACAAUCUCUAAAAUCCAUAUACCUAGAACGUUUAAUGGAGCAAAUUAUGAUUGGGCAAACGAUAUAGCAGCGUUAACAUUAAAUGAUCAUAUUGUAUAUAGAAGUCAUAUAAGACCAGUAUGUUUAACAUGGAAGGAACAAAGUGAACAAUAUAUCCAAAGUAAUCUCCCAGGUGUUGUUGCUGGUUGGGGAAUAACAGAUAAUGGAUUGUACAGUUCAGAAUUACGGUCUGUUGAAUUAUUAUCAAUUGAUAGUCAUACUUGUAAAACAAAAAAGAUUACAAGAAAUGAUAAUAUAGCAGCUGACAAAUUUUGUGUUGAAACUGGAGAAGGAAAAAAUGUUUGCCCUGGUGAUAGUGGUGGUGGUUUCGUUGUUCCUACUGAAGUUAAUAAUAAGAUUUUAUAUAAUCUUUGGGGUGUUGUUAGUAAUGGUAUUAUUGGAAGAGGUGAUCUGGUGCCACAAUGUAAUUCAAAUUUUAUAACAACUUUUACGAAUGUUCAAUAUUAUAGACAAAUGAUUAGUGAUGUAAUUUUACAGGCAUAUCAAUGAUUAUCUUUAGAUAAAAUUUUUGAUUUUAGCUGUAUAAAUUUAACCGAGAUUUCUAAAAAUAAAGAAUUUAA